AUGCACGAGAAGUAUCCGCUUCUCAGCAAAUUCGUGGCAGACCCGAUUCUCAAGGUCUAUGAACGAGUCUGUCUCCUGCUGAGCAACUCGGGGCUUAUCCCGGGCGUCUCAGCGGCGUCAGAACGUCCAAUCAGCUCGAGAGAUCUCUUCAAGUGGUGCAGGCGGUUGGAGAGGAUUAUCGCCUCAACAGGAGCGAAGACAGGCGACGAACCGAUGAGCGAGACGGCGUACGACGGCAUGUUCAUGGAGGCGAUCGACUGUUUUGCAAGUGGAAUCAAGGACCACCGGGUGCGAGACAAGCUAAUAAUUCACAUUGGCGAGUUGAUGGGAAGUCGGACGCUCAACGCUGCGGAAAACAAAGCGACCGGAUCGCAUCACGAAAUCCAGGAGGCCCUUUGCGCCGACGACACACGCGCGGCGCAGAGCGAGGUUGGCGAUCUGUUAGGUGGCUUUAAGCCCAUCAACGUGCGCAACCUGGCUGUCCCCCUGAAAGAGGAAUUUGAGGACCUGUUUGCGGCAACUGGUAUCUCAGAGGAGAAAAACCAGAAAUACUUGAAGUCCAUCAACAGGGGCAUUGCGAAGGGCAAAUGGCCCGAAGUUGCAAAACUGUGGGCUCAGGCGCCCAAGAUUUUCGAAGAAAUUCUCAAGAUGAAGGUCAAGGAAGAAAAGAACAAGGACCAGACCCGGGAUGUUGAUGGGCAGCCUGCGAAGAGGCGGAAGACUGGCUCGACAAGAUUGGAGACGCUGCUGGAGCUCAAGCCUCGUUGGGACAAGUUCUCCAAGAACCUCGAGCAGUUCGCCAUUCAGCUGUCCGGUGGGGCAGGGGGGUUCGCGUUUGCCUUCAUCGAGGGCAAUAUCGUCAAAGCCGUCAGGAAUGGAGACUGGGUGCUCCUGGAUGAGAUAAAUCUGGCAUCACCGGACACGUUGGAAAGCAUAGCAGAUCUGCUCCAGGCAGGGCCGGACACGACGCCAUCGAUACUCUUGUCAGAGACAGGCGAGAUCGAGAGGAUCCAAGCUCACCCCAACUUCAGGAUAUUUGGUGCGAUGAACCCAGCAACCGAUGUCGGCAAGCGGGACCUGCCUCAGGGCCUCAGGUCAAGAUUCACAGAGUUAUAUGUCUCUAGCCCAGACAAGGAUUUCAAGGAUCUUGUUACGAUCAUCAAGUCAUACCUCAACGGUCAAAACUCCCAGGUUGACCAGGCUGCGGACAAGGUCGCCAACCUCUACAUGCGUAUCAAAGAGCUUGCUGAGGCCAAAGCACUCGUUGACGGCGCGAACGAGGUUCCCCACUUCAGCUUGCGUACCUUGACCCGAGUAUUGACAUAUGUCAAUGACGUGGCUCCAUAUUAUGGACUGGAGAGAUCCUUAUACGAGGGCUUCUGCAUGGGAUUCCUCACCCUGCUGAGUCGAGCGUCCGAGAUGCAGGUCAUGCCUCUUAUUGUGCAGCACUUGCUUGGCAAGGACCCCCACCGUCUUCUAUCAAGGCCGCCCAAGUACCCGGCCGACGGGCGUGAGUACGUCAAGUUCACGGAUACGGACAACAACCGAGUCUACUGGCUACUCAAGGGAGCCGAGAUCCCGCAGGAACGGGCAGACUAUAUCAGGACGCCGUACGUCGAGCGGAACUUACUGAACUUGGUGCGAGCCACCUCGACGAGGCGGUUCCCUAUUCUCAUCCAGGGUCCAACGUCAGCAGGAAAGACGAGUAUGAUCGAGUACCUUGCCGAGUACAGCGGUAACAAAUUCGUGCGAAUCAACAACCACGAACAUACUGAUCUGCAAGAGUACUUGGGCACCUACAUAUCCGGCUCCGACGGGAAGCUGAAGUUCCAGGAGGGUCUGCUGGUACAGGCCAUGCGUCAAGGACACUGGAUCGUCCUCGACGAACUGAACUUGGCACCCACCGAUAUCCUCGAAGCUCUCAACCGUCUUCUCGACGAUAACCGCGAACUGUUGAUCCCAGAGACUCAAGAGAUCGUCCGCCCUCACGAGAACUUCAUGCUCUUCGCAACCCAAAACCCGCCAGGACUCUACGGCGGCCGUAAAGUCCUCUCAAGAGCUUUCCGCAACCGUUUCCUCGAACUCCACUACGACGACAUUCCCGAAUACGAGUUGGAGCACAUCCUGCAGAAGCGCAGCAUCAACACUGCCCCAUCCGACUGCAAGCGGAUUGUCUCUGUGUACAAGGAGCUUUCCCGCUUACGGCAGACCAGCAGGGUCUUUGAGCAGAAAGACAGCUUUGCGACGCUGAGAGAUCUCUUCAGGUGGGCUCUUCGGGAUGCGGAAACACGCGAGGACAUUGCGAACAAUGGUUUCAUGCUCCUGGCAGAGCGUGUCCGGGAUGAUGAGGAACGCGACGCGGUGCGGCAAGUCAUCGAGACCGUCUUCAAAGUGAAGAUUGACCCGGACGAGCUUUAUAACGAGCGGUUCAACCGAGCGAUGCGACGAGCUGGCCUCAAAGACAACAAGCAGGGCGUUGUUUGGACAAAUGCCAUGCGCCGACUGUAUACCCUGGUCUCGCAGGCUCUACGGAAUAAUGAACCAAUUCUACUGGUCGGUGAGACCGGAUGUGGAAAGACGACAAUUGUUCAAUUGCUUGCCGAAUCCCUGGGCAGAGAACUCCACAUCGUCAAUGCCCACCAGAACACCGAGACGGGUGAUUUGAUCGGCUCGCAGAGACCAGUCCGGAACCGCGGGGCCAUUUCUGAAGCCUUGAAGCAAUGUCUCGUGGAGGCUUUUGAGGCUAUAGGACAACCUCCUCAGGGCAGCAUCGACGACCUUCUGGCACGCUACCACGCUCUCUCUGUGGAUGAGAAGAGUCGCAUCCCUGAUUCUGUGCAAGAGAAGGUCGUCGCCAACGAGAUCAGGAGCAAGGCUCUCUUCGAAUGGUCCGACGGCAGCCUUGUGCACGCCAUGAAGGAAGCACACUUCUUCCUGCUCGACGAGAUCUCCUUAGCUGACGAUUCUGUCUUGGAAAGACUCAACUCUGUGCUUGAACCCGGGCGAAGCCUGCUGCUAGCUGAGAAGGGCACCGACGACUCAUUCGUGCGCGCGGCGGAUGGCUUCCAGUUCUUCGCUACCAUGAAUCCUGGAGGUGACUUCGGCAAGAAGGAGCUCUCUCCCGCGCUGAGGAACCGUUUCACGGAGAUCUGGGUGCCGCCAUUGUCAAACAGACAAGACAUUCUGGACAUUGUGGUUGACAAACUGAAGCCCCAGUUCAGACCUCUUGCACAUGUCAUCGUGGACUUUUCGUACUGGUUCGGCAAGACGUGCCGCUCCUCAUCGGCUACUGCCUUUUCGAUCCGUGACAUUCUGGUCUGGGUGAACUUUGUCAACCAUGCUGAGAGCAUGCAGCCAGCUAUGGCCGUGUUGCACGGAGCAGCCACAGUGUUCAUCGAUACCCUUGGUGCCAACCCCUCAGCUCUACUGUCACUCGAUCCCAAGACCAUGGAUGAACAGAGGCAGAAAUGCUUGGACAAGCUGAAUGAGCUUCUUGGAGACGGGAUCGACGUCACUGCCACCUACCGAAACGAGCCACAAUUGGCAAUCGGCCAGGAUUUUGUCCAGAUCGGGGAAUUCUCUGUUGCUCGGAUGCCUCACGGCAAAGAUGACUCUGCGUUCGCUUUCGACGCCCCAACAACCAAGAUGAACCUCAUGCGAGUCAUCCGUGCUCUCGCGGUCAACAAGCCUGUUCUGCUUGAGGGUAACCCGGGCGUAGGCAAGACGACACUCGUCAGCGCCCUGGCUCUGGCAUGCGGAAGGCCGCUCGCCCGGAUCAACCUUUCAGAUCAGACGGACUUGAUGGACCUCUUUGGUACCGAUGUUCCCGUCGAGGGUGCCGAGGCUGGCAACUUCGCAUGGAGGGACGCACCUUUCCUCCAAGCAAUGCAAAAGGGCGAGUGGGUGCUGCUGGAUGAGAUGAACCUUGCCUCCCAAUCUGUCCUCGAGGGCUUGAACGCCUGUCUUGAUCACCGUGGAGAGGUAUACGUUUCGGAACUGGACCAGGUCUUCAAAUGCCACCCAGACUUCAAGCUCUUCGCUGCCCAGAAUCCGCACUCGCAGGGCGGCGGCCGAAAGGGUCUGCCCAGCUCGUUCGUCAAUCGUUUCAUCGUGGUCUAUGCCGAUGUAUUCACGGAGCAAGAUCUUAUGCUGAUUGCCGGCAAGAGGUAUUCCGACGUACCUCAGGACACCAUCCAAAACAUGAUCAGAUUCGUGUCAGCGCUGGAUUACGAGACUUCUAUUCGCAAGUCUUUCGGUGCCCACGGCUCUCCUUGGGAGUUCAACUUGCGAGACUCGCUUCGAUGGCUGGAACUCUUAGCUUCCAAGGACAACUUACUCGCCUCAGCUCAGGCGUCAGAUUUCUUGGACAUAAUCAUCACCCAGCGUUUCCGCUCCAAGGUUGACAAAGAAUGCAUCGCACAGCUGUUCAGAGACGCCUUCGGAACGCUGCCUCAGCCGCACAGUCUGUAUCAUAACCUCACAUCAGCCGUAUGUCAGGUCGGACUUGCCAUGCUGGAUCGCAACCCUCUGCUCCAGCCGAGCAGAUUCCCCAACAUGGACAUCGUGCCUCGUCUUGCAGAAAUCGAGUCACUGCUGAUCUGCGUCAAAAAAAAUCUGCCUUGCAUCCUUGUCGGCCCUUCAGGGAGCGGGAAGUCAUCGCUGCUAAAUCAAGUAGCUGCGUCCGUCGGGAAGGAAAUGGUCGUGUUCCCUCUGAACGCCGACGUGGAUGCUAUGGAUCUAGUCGGUGGAUUCGAGCAGGCCGACCCCUUGAGAGAGCUCCACGCAAGUCUUGACGAGCUUCAUGACGCACUCUUAGAGUUUGCCUUGUCUCUGCUGCCUCAGAAUUCGUCACAAAAUGCAGUCAACCUGAUAAGCAUCCUUGACAGGCGCCGAGGAGAAGACGACCUCUCUGAGAUCAUUACGCGCAUAGAGGCACUGGCCUCAGAGGUAGCAGCCGACUCACUGCUGGGCCAGCGACUUUCACAUGCACACCAAAUGCUGAAUUCGCCCAGAACACUCGCGAAUCCGCGGUUCGAGUGGCUCGACGGAGUCAUCGUCCGCGCCUUGGAGGCAGGCAAGUGGCUCGUCCUCGACAACGCCAACCUGUGCAGCGCAUCGGUCCUCGACAGGCUCAACUCGCUGCUUGAGCGUCCCAAUGGGUUCCUGAGCAUCAAUGAGCACACUGGUCCGGAUGGCGAGCCUAGGAUCAUCAAGCCUCACCCUGAGUUCCGCAUCUUCCUGACCAUGGACCCGCGCUACGGCGAACUUUCCCGUGCGAUGCGGAAUCGAUCCGUUGAGAUUUACCUUGAGGAGUCACAGCUGAGGAGCGAGCGAUAUCUCUCAAAGAUCACGGAAAUUGAAUCUUCGAUGCGGAGAUACAGUCACGCCACUCACGUGAGCUCCGAAGCGUUUGUGAACGGUGGUGUUGAGGUCGCCCGUCUAGCACUUGACAAUCUCGACCUUUCAGAUGUGCCCCUCCUGGCAAGAUAUGAGAAGGCUUCUACGAACGGCUUGGGUUCUUUACUAGAUGCAGCAUAUCCUGACACUGAUUCCGGUCUAUCUGCACUUGUGUCAUAUGUGCAGUCUCCAAAGGCCGCGCCGAUAAGACAGGCUAUUCUUAACCUGUAUACGGCUACAGCCACGGACGUUUCAGGGAACGACGUGUUGACUGCUGCGCAGCCUCUUCACACUCUACACAAUGCUCCAAUGGUCAAACUCAUGGAGAAUCAGUCAAAAAACGCUGCGGAGUGGCUCGCGUUCUGCUACGAGGUCUUCGUGGAACUCCAGUACGCGCAGCAAGCCGUGCAGUCACAGAUCCGCACUCUUGACAGGACCAAGCCUUCCACGCUCAACCGACUGCAGCGAUCUCUGGUUUCAGAUCAGGUCGCCAGUGUGGCGAAAGACUCGACAGUCAACGUGGCAGGGUUCCUGAGCUCCAUUGUUCAGGUGGUAGAAGCACUCAUAGGCGACAGCCUGAGGCGUUCAGAAUGCAGCACCGAGGUCAAGCCGAUUUUGCGGGCCGUUCUUCACUACUGGUGGAGAACCUUGACCUUCGUCACUGGUGCUUCAUUUGAGGAGGCGAGGUUCCAGGCCCAUCUCAAGCAAGGCAUCGAUGCACUACAGUCCACCGCGGGCAGCUCUGACAGCGAACGAGGGCUCCAAGUGAUUACCAGCAUCCUUGGCAACAUUCAAGAUGCCUUCACUGUUGGCUUCAAGCUCACCACAGGACUGAGUAUGGAGACGCUCUGGACUCUUCUACGGCCUGCUGCCAUCACUGACGAGGCCGCGUUCUCGGCUAUUGGUGAGAUGGAGAAGCUCGCGAGUCGCUUCGAUGCCAUCAGGUGGAAGUCGAAUGCUAGUGUUGCCGACCUCAGCAAGGCCAUUUCAUCUCUGGCCGAGGCUUACAGUAUUGUGCGCAUGAAUGCCACCGCUGCUGCCGACCUGAUAAAAGCACUGCAAGGAGAAAUCCAGCUUCUUGAGGAUAAUGCAGAUGAUGCUCGUGAGGUCACGCCAUUCUUCGAGCAGGAAUUCGAGACCCUGAGGCAAGCAUUAACCGUCCACCGGGCGUCGCGCCAGUCGUCUGUCUUUGUGGACUUCCAGGACGUCGUCGUGUUGUCAAAUAUCCCCACGCUCUCGCAGAUGCGGCUGCAGAGCUGGAACAGUGCUCAACGGCUUCUUCAUUCCUUGGACUAUGUUCUUGCCCAAGCCUCGGAUUCACACCCUUGGAAUGGCAAGCUAAUGUCGAGACUUAUCCAGCAGUAUGAGUCGACAGCUGCUGCCAAUCUCGCCGCCCUGCAGUCCCUCGAGAUAGAGCUGCCAGCAAUGGGCAAGCUCCUGGCAGGAUCCUCGGAAGCCGUGUCGGCAGACUCUGUCGGGUGUCUCAAUCAGAUCUUGUGGCACCUACUGCGGGAAAAGAGCGCUUUUGCUGCCGUCGCGUGGGUCCAUUUCGCCAUCGGGUGCGUCAAGCUCUACGUUCCGGACAAGAUAUUCGACCCCUACCUGCGGGCCGAAACAGAACGUGAUUCCCAUGAAGAGCUUCUGGCCAACCUGAGGCACAAGUGGCACGCCUUGUGCGCCUUCGAAGAGCGAUUCACCGGCCAAACAUCCAAUUUACGUGCUGAGCUGGUGCGCCAGGAGAUCGAGCAACUGGGCGAGCCUCCGGCUGCCGCUGUUACUAUAUACCGCCCGACCAGCGUUGACUUGGGCAGACUGCAGGGAGAAUUCAACAACGUGCUGAACGCCGUUGUGAAGAGCGAUGUCGCGUCUGCCGUCUUUGAUUAUCUGGCCACCGGUACCGAAGACAAGGCCGAACAAGUCCAGCUUGUCAAGGACAACGUGCUUCACCUCAUCGAACGUCUGUCAAGCCGCUUCCAAGUCUAUGAGGAUUUAACAGUACCCUUGGUGACAAUCUUACGCUCCUUGCAACUUGGACUCUCCUUGAGCACCGACUCUGGGGCCGGACAUCGAUCAGAUGCUGCUUCGUUGCUCAGCGUCACGCCGAUGUUAGGUGGAUCUGUUUGGAGUGGCACAAGCCAACUGCCUCCCCAGAGCUUGGAGUUCCUGUCUUACAUUGGUCUUUGGGUCAGUGUAAACGGAAUCGAAAGCCUCGACACUACUCUCCGACAGCUGACAUUCGAAUCUGUCCACUAUUUCUAUGAGGAGUGGAGCAAGAAGCUCGAUUCUGACAAGAGGGAGGAGGCAGCCAAAAAUAGCAUGUAUCGGUACAAGGGUAGCCUCGAUGACGAGGAAGAGGCCGACCAAGAAGAUUUCAACGAGCUGUUCCCGGAUUAUGAAACGGAGAAUGUUGAAGACCAAGCUGCCACAAAGAAGCCGGGUCAGGCGUCUCGAAAUUUAGCACUGAGGUUGGCCGAACGGCACGAGAGGAUUUUCCUGACGCCCCAGGGUACUCAGCAGAGUAUGAUCAACUUCUGCAAGGGCGUCGCCCGCAAGGUCUCCAGUGAAGCCGCGCAGUCUUCCCUAGACGCCCAUACGGAUCGGUCGCUUCUUCCUGGCGCAUUGCUGGUUCUCGAUGAGAAGAUGGAAAACUUCACAUCUAGCACGACUUCUGCUGGCUACAAUUUCUACACCAGUGCCAACUUGUUCGAAUCCCGCAAGCUUGUGAACCUGGUGCAUGGCAUCCGCAUGCGGUUCAGGGAACUCCAGAGAGUCGAUGAGAUCGCGCACUUGGAGCCUAUCACUGAUGUUCUCACCGCCUGCGAUCACGUCCUCGAGCUCAGUCACUCGGAUCCUCUUGCCAAGAUUAUAACCCGCGUCGAGAAGCUGGUGGCAUUUUUCUACGAAUGGCAGCAUGGUGGUUGGGCUAGCCACAUCUACGGCGCCCCGGAAAUGUACAACAAGUUGACAGACACGGUCGUCAGCUGGCGUCGCUUGGAACUCGCAACUUGGGCCAAGCUGUUCGACAUGGAGGUUGAGAAGUGCCAGACCGAUGCCAAGUCCUGGUGGUUCGUCGCCUACCAUGCUGUCAUCGCCAUCCCCAUGACCAAGGUUGACCUGGGCCACGACUUGAGGGAUUAUUCGAUUCAACUGGUGUCUGAUCUCGAGAUGUUCUUCUCCGAGGCCGUGUUGGGCGAAUUCGACACCCGCCUCCGGUUACUGCGCCAGUUGAGCAAGGAGCUGGAGCUCCUCGUCGUUGACUAUGCACCACUCAGCCCCAUCCACAACGCAGUGCUGAACUUCAUUUCGAUGUACAGCCGCUACCAGAGCAAGGUGGUAGAGGCCAUUCAAAAAGGAAGGGCAACGGUCGAGAAGGCCAUGAAGGAUGUCCUCUUGCUCGCCAGCUGGAAGGAUACCAACAUCGUGGCUCUGCGGGAUAGUGCUCGCAAAUCCCACCAGAAGCUGUUCAAACUCGUCAGGAAAUUCCGAGCCGUCCUUGGUCAGCCCAUGAGAACCGUCAUCGACCAAGGACUCCCCGAUGAGAGCCACUCAAACAGCACAGCAUCAAAGCCCCUCGCUCCAGCACCACCAAAGCCGAAUGACUCUGCGGCCGACGUAUGUCAACAGCUCAUUCCUGGGUGGCUCGAUGACGCUCAUGCCAAGCGACUCUCAAAUGCUGGCAAGAUCAUCAGCAUCAUGUCCAAGGCGUCUCAGCUGCCUGAGUCGACGAUCAAUGCAGCGGAUGUGGUCAACACCUUCGUCUCCGACACGAUGUCUGCCAUGUCUUCGUUGAAGCAGGAGACUCCUGCUUUCUUGAACGACGAGAACAAGGAACAAGUCAAGCAUCUCAAGACCAGGAAGGUCCGCUUGUUUGAAGAGACGGUCAAGGCGAUCCGGACUAUGGGCUUCACGCGCAACCUCAACGAAGCCCACCUACGCAACCAGAAGCAGCUAGCAGCCGUGCUGGCCAAGUUGGAACACCUACCUUCUGGAGGCGAUUCAGCCCUGGCUGAGACCGAGUACUACUUCCACAAGGUUUUGGAUCUGGCACCACAAGUGAGAAAUGCUUUGCAUGACCACAAUGGCGAUCUCACGAAUGAGACUGUCCGACGAAGCACUGGCUACAUGGAAGGCAUCCUCCAUGUACUGAUUCAACAACGUGGCUGCUUAGCCGAGAAUGCAAACAUGCUGGCCUCCGUGGAUGCUUCGAUACAGAGCGUACAGUCUCUCAUUGCGUCCAACGAUUCCGAGAACCUGGUUACAAAACGGAACACCUCAAAUCACGCUCAACUCCUUCAGUGGCUUAUCCCCGUGCUGAACUUGGGUCUCCACCUGAUCGAAGUACACGGCACUCGCGGCAAGGUCGCGAACGGUCCUGUGCAGUCCGCCCUGCAGGAAUGGCUGACAAGUUUCAGCAAGCUUCAAUCCCGCUUUGACGCAUGUCAAAAGUUGCCAGACGGGUUGGAUUCCAAGACCCAGUUGCAACUACGAGAACAACUUCAGGAGAAGCUUGACGACUUCGAGGCAACAUUGCAGUUGCUUGAAUCCGAACGGCCUGACCUCGGCUUCAUUUUCCAGCAGCUUCAGAUUUGGACCACUGUCACCGUCGACGACCACCAAGCCGGAACAGGCACCGAUGACGCUACUGUAUUUGUCCAGGAGACUCUGAACCUCUCGAAGAAGGUCCUUGAUGCUGUGCAAAAAUUCCAAAAGGCAGCAGCCUCCAUGCCAGCAUCCACGGAGGAUGCAUCGUGGCUUUUGCAGUACAACGACACCCUGACAAGCAUGCUCAAGUCUCUGCACAUGAAGACGAUCAUAGAGGGCAUCAGCGACUCCGUUUCCCGCCUGAAGGGUCUGAAGUUGCAAGAUCAAGCCGUCAAGAAUGCGGCAUUUUCUCUACUUGCCGUCACCCUGCCCUUGCUACAACAAUACGCCAUCAUAUGCCACACCUCCGUCACGGAUCUGACCAAUGUGCACUGCGCCAGCUCCAAGAUGGCGCUCAACCUCGCCAAGGCGUUCGUGGAGAUCGCGUCCCGGGGAUUCUGCACCCCGCAGGAGAAGUCGGACGAGACAUCUGCAGACUCGGGCAAGCUUGAGGGCGGCACCGGCCUCGGCGAUGGUGAGGGCGCCGAAGAUAUCAGCAAGGACAUCCAGCCCGAUGAAGAUCUCUCCGAGUUGGCUCAAGAGCCAAACAAAGAGAAGGACGGCGAUAUCGAGGACCAGGAAGACGCCGUGGACAUGGGCCAAGAUGAUAUGGAGGGCGAAAUGGGCAGCGCAGCCGGUGAUGACGAGGACGAUAAAGACGGCAAGGAUGGCGAAGACGACGAGGAAAAGGACGAAAUGGACGAGGAGACUGGAGACGUGGACGACCUCGACCCCACCGCUGUCGACGAGAAGAUGUGGGAUGGAGACGGCGACGAUGCAGACAAGGACCAGCAAGGCGAUGAUUCCAAGGGCCAGAAGAACGAAGACGAGAAGGCUGCCGAUAAUGACGCGCCCGAAAAGAAGGAUUCUAAGCAGGAAGAGCCGGAGCAAGGCAAGCCUGAGCAAGAAAUCGAUGAAGAAGAGGCCGGCCCAGAGGAAGACGAGGCCGGCGCACAGGAAGAGAUGAAUAGGCAAGACCAGAACGUCGAUGAAAAUGAGGCGUUGGAUCUGCCUGACAACAUGGACAUCGACGGCAGCGACGACGAGUCGGCCAUUUCAGACGACGAUUUGGAUAAGCUCUCGGAUAUCCAGCAGGACACGGAGGAGGAAGCCAAGCAGGAGGGAGACGCAGAGAGCGUCGAUGAGAACGACGGCGACCAGGGCGACAUGAACCAGGACGACAUGAACCAGGAGGUCGACGAGGACAACCUGGACGAAGACAUGACGGGUGACAACGCCGAGAUGGAAGACAAGGAGCCGGAAGCGGAGGAGCAAGGCGCAGACGACUCUGGCGAGAAGGACGAGUCGAAGCCGCCGCUGGACCCCAAUGAUGACGCCCACGCCGACCCAGACAACGCUGCGCCGAGUGACGUCAAGAGCGGCGCCGGCCAAGACCAAAACAACAUGGAGAACGGGCAAGAUGAUGAUAACUCACAAGCCAAGGCGGCGCAACGCGAGAGCGGCGAUAUGGGCCAAAACGCAGACGACCAACAGACCGCCGCGGGUAACGAGGGUGCAAUGUCGAGGCAAAACGAUGACCAAGACCGCUCGGACGAAGCCAAACAGCCCGACGACUCAGCGCAGUCGCAGCCGUUCAAGAAGCUUGGCGACGCCCUCGAGAGGUGGUACAGGCAGAACCAAGACAUCAAAGAUGCCAUGGACGAGAACCAGGAGGCGCGGCAACAGGACGACUCGGACAUGGCCCAGAAGGAACUCCAACACCUCCAGAACGACGACGACGCCCCCGACGCCCAAGCCCUUGGCACGGCCGCCGAGGACGAGGUCCAGCCCAUCGACGAAUCCAUGGCGAUCGACGAGGAGAAAAAGGACGACCAGAACCGCGUCAUGCCUCCACAAGACGGCGACAACGAGAACGACAACAUGGACAUCGACGAGGAGGCCGACGGCGCGGACCAGGACGAGUCCAAAGACAAGGACGUGCCAGAACGUGACGAGUCUCGAAGCGGCGUGGCCACCCGACGCGGCGCCUUCAACCGCGAGCGGUCCAUGUCGCCCUCGAGGACAAACCAGACGGAGGAGCCAGAGGACGAGACCGUGGACGAGACAUCAACGCAGCUAGACCACACCCACCUCGCCGACCCGGAGCGCCCGCUGCGCGACUACCAGCAAGCCCUCGAGACAUGGACCGCCCUCCAGACCAAGACGCACCCGCUCUCGCUGGCGCUGACCUCCCAGCUCCGGCUGAUCCUCACGCCGUCGCAGAGCACCAAGCUCUCGGGGUCCUACCGGACGGGCAAGCGCCUCAACAUCAAGAAGAUCAUCCCGUACAUCGCGUCGAGCUACAAGCGCGACAAGAUCUGGAUGCGCCGCGCCGUGCCCACGAAGCGCACCUACCAGAUCCUCCUGUGCGUCGACGACUCCCAGUCCAUGGGGCAGACGACCGCCGGCGCCAUGGCCCUCGAGUCGCUCGUCAUGGUCUCGCGGUCCCUGGCGAUGCUCGAGGCCGGCCAGGUCGGCGUGACGGGCUUCGGCGCCGACGUCUUCACGGCGCACGAGCUCGCCGCCCCGCUGCUGUCGUCGCACGACGCCGGCGCCCGCGUCCUGCAGAACUUCACCUUCGCCCAGGACCGCACCGACGUCGCCCUCCUCAUCCGGCGGACGCUGGACCAGCUGCGCGCGGCGCGGGCGACGGCGGCCUCGGGCGGAGGCGGCGGCCGCGGCGGCGAGGACCUGUGGCAGCUGGCGCUGAUCCUGUCGGACGGGCUGACGCCCUCGGACUCGCACGAGCGCAUCCGCCGGAUGCUGCGCGAGGCGCUCGAGGAGCGCGUCAUGGUCGUCUUCAUCAUCAUGGACGACAGCUCGUCGCGCAAGGGCGACAGCGUGCUGCAGCUCGGCAAGGCCAAGUUCGUGCGCCGGGCCGACGGGUCCAGCGACGUCGUGGUCGAGCGGUACCUUGACACCUUCCCCUUCCAGUACUACCUGAUUGUGCACAACCUCGAGGAGCUGCCUGGUGCCCUGGCCGGGUUGUUGCGGACUUGGUUUGCGGAGGUUAAUUCAUAG